CAAUCGUGGUGAAUGUUACGUGCCUAAGUGAAUAACGUCAUGUUCAAGACAGUACUAUGCGGCAUUUAUUUAACGACUGGCAUUGUGCUGCUAUUUGUCUUUGUUAUGCUAUGUGUUUUGAGCGAGAGUAUGAGAUAUCGAGUGAAAUUUACUUUCUUCAUAGUAGCAAGUGCGUUAGCUGCGGGAUUAUGGAUACCGUUUAUGCUAUUCCGUGUUGGCAGCUGGAGAAACGCGUUAGUGCCGGCCAGGUGCGUGGUAACAGUAGCAAAGAUCAUUGGAAUGAAUUUCCAUUUUCGCGGCAAAGAGAAUAUUGUCAAAGAUUCAGGCUGUAUCGUACUCAUCAACCAUCAGAGUUCAUUGGAUCUUUGCGUUUUAGGUGAACUAUGGUUGGCGAUGGAUAAUUGCACCGUUAUUUCGAAGAAGGAGAUUUUGUAUCUUGGACCAUUCGGUCUUGCGUGUUGGCUUUGGGGAACGUUGUUCAUUGAUAGAAAAAAUGUAGGAGAAUCAUGCCAAAUUAUUAAUGCUACAGCGAAAUCAAUUCGUCUGGCGAAGCGGAGGCUUCUUCUAUUUCCCGAGGGACACCGUCAUUCAGGUAAUUCAUUGCUUCCUUUUAAGAAAGGUGCUUUCCAUGUCGCGAUUGAAUCUCAAAUGCCGAUUCAACCCGUUAUUGUGUCAAAAUAUUACUUCCUGGAUGACAAAUUAAAAAGAUUUUAUUCAGGAAGUAGUUAUAUUACUGUUCUACCGCCUAUUCCUACCGUGGGUAUGACCAAAAACGAUCUACCAAAGCUCAUGGAGCAGGCAUAUAAAAUUAUGAAUAAAACUUUUGUGGAAUCGUCGACGAAGUGCCUCGAGGAACAAAUACAAAGUUUGAAGUGUGAAUGAUAGGAGUAACAUAAAAC